AUAUAUCAAAAAUAAAGAUCAAAAAAGAAUUCAGGUUCAAUUGUGUAUCUACGCUUCAAAAUUUAAUGUAUUUUUUUGGCCCAAAAUUAUGGUAGAACACGAACAGAGCGCCUGCCGCAUUGUCCUGUAGUUGCACUUUCCAGCACUGGCCCGACCUAUCGAUACUGUCGCUUUAUUUGAUGUCGCGUUAUUUGAUAUGCGUUGUUUUUUCUAUUCACUUAAAAUUAUCUUUUUUAUUUUGAAAUGAAUGAUAACAUAACUAAAAUUAUAAUAAUUGCGUGCUUAAAGUUUAAACGAUAGCGCCUCAUUCAAAACUCCGAUAACAUCGGCGAUAGUUUUGUGGGUACCACCCCUACUACAGCGGUAUUUCGCUGAUUCCAAAACAACAAAGCAGAGAAAAGAAAGCGAAACACAAAGCAAAGAAGCGCAAGUUAAAAGUACAAGAACAUAUAGAGCUCGCGAACGGCAGCCAGAAGCGACAGUCGCACCAACCACAGAAGCUCUUAUAAUUAUAAUUUGCGUUGCUCUGCAGGGCGGCAGGCGACCAUCUCAAUAUCCACUGUGUUGUGUUCAAAACCUAGUUAGUCGGUGACAGUGACUAGUGAUUAAGAACUAUAAAAACAAAACAAACCAACUAUAGUACAGUUGAUCUGCAUAGUGCUCCGGCAGCAAUAGCUAUAGUAUCGCACACCUAAACCACAAUGAAAAUCACAGUCACCACCACCGAUGAUAGGCUAUUUAUAUUGGAUGUUGCCGAAGAUCUUGAGCUGGAGAAUCUUAAGGCUCUGUGCGCCAUGGAAAUUGAUUCACAGGUAGAACAAAUCGUAGUACUCUUCAAUGGCCAGGAGUUGGCGAACGACAAGCAGGCUCUGCGUAACUUUGGCGUGCGCGACGGCGACUGCAUAAUGUUAGAGAGGCGCAGGAGCACUGGCAAUCGCAACGCUGGCGCAGGAGGGAACCCAUCGAUAAGUCUGUUAGACUUUAGUGGUAUCGCGGUGCCGGGUGGCCCGACCACCAGUUCCGGCAUUCCGAGCAGUAGUACUCCGCCCUCUCAGAACGCCAGCAUGCCGGCGUCCAACAGCAUGAUGCAGAUGCUCACAGAUAUACCCAUGACGGACGAUUUCAAUGUGAAUUUUGACGAUGAUCCGGCCAUGGUGCGUCAAAUGCUGAUGUCUAAUCCAGAGACUUUGGCUAUGCUGCGACAAUACAAUACGCGUCUAGCUGAGGCCCUCGACUCGGGCGAUCUGGACACCUUCACCCGUGUGUUGCGCGAAGAUGUAGCCGCCCGCAAGCGGCGGAACGAACAGCGUCUGCGAAUGCUGCAUGCGGACCCAUUCGAUGAGGAGACGCAACGUUUAAUUGCCGAGGAGAUCAAGCAGAAGAACAUACAGGAUAAUAUGGCUGCAGCGAUUGAGUACAAUCCAGAGAUAUUUGGCAUGGUAACCAUGCUUUACAUUAAUUGCAAGGUGAAUGGCGUGCCGGUGAAGGCGUUCGUGGAUUCAGGCGCCCAAACGACGAUAAUGAGCAAGGAAUGCGCCGAGCGGUGUCAUGUGAAUCGACUGAUCGACACCCGCUGGAAUGGUGUGGCCAAGGGUGUGGGCACUCAGCCCAUUCUCGGACGCAUACACAUGGUGCAGCUACAGAUUGAGAACGAUCAUUUGACGUCUAGCUUUACGGUGCUCGGCCAGCAACCCAUGGACAUGUUGCUGGGCCUCGACAUGCUAAAACGUCAUCAGUGUUUGAUCGAUCUGCAACGCAAUCUUUUGAUCAUUGGCACCACUGGCACCUCCACGCCCUUCUUGCCCGAAAGCGAGCUGCCCGCUUGCGCAAGACUAACUGGCAAUGCUGACGAGGCCGAACAGAACGCCAUCGAGCAGGCCAUUGAGCAGAGUAGACGGGAAGGAGGUGGCAGCAGCGGUGCGAAUGCUAACACCAUACUGCCUGUCGAUAGCUUUACGGAGCAAGACGUCAGCGAAUUUAUGGCUUUGGGAUACCAACGAAGCGAGGUAUUGUCCGUGCUGCGAUUAUGCGGCGGAAAUAAGCAGGCGGCCCGAAAUGUGCUCGUCAACCUUCACGGCCGCCCGCGACCAGGGUCUUAGCUGAACACUCAGGACAAUUCAGUUGCAUUUACUUUUCAACCACUGCUCUGGGAUCAAUCAAAAUAACUUUGCAAUACAAUACUAACACAAUUCGAGCUCGGAAUCUAUUCUAAUACAUUCAACGAAAUACUUUGAGGGAGAAACGUAAACACUGGCACCACAGCAAAUUACGUUUAUAAUUUAGACAAAUUUUAAAAGGAUAAUCAAGUUUUUAUACCAUUUACAAUAGCUAAUUGAGGGAAAGACGAUGCCGAAACUAUCAUUGAAACGCCGCCGUCAUACUAUUAAUGGAACUUUUUAUGUUGAAUGCCAACCGCCACGGCCUCGGCCUCAACCUCAGCAACGAAAUAAAUGCAUUGAAAGUAAUGCUUGACUUACAAAAUUUAAUACAAUACUUAUAAAAUUGUAUACUAGUAUUUAAGAUAAAGAGUACAUAUAUAUACCUUAUAAUUUGAAGUGAAGAGGGUAAAUAAAUGAGUAUUGUUUUGGAUUGGAA